CUUUUAUUAAGUUAUAACGAAUAUAUCAUUGAAUUUAAAUUAUCGCACAUCUGUCAAAUCAUGUUUUUUUGAGGCAACUCUGUAUUUCAAUUUUCCCGAACGGGUGUGUUCAGAAAGCACAAACGCAAGGAAAAGUCAUUAUCGAGAGAAUUGAAAACAGUUGCUGUAGGAAAACAUGAAAAUAGCUCUUGAAAAGUGAAAUUAAAUCAUUGAAAGUGCGAACAUAUCAAAUUGGAAAACCGCGCUGAUUUCCGCAAGCAAGGAAUAUCGUGAAAAACAAACGAAAAAUUAACAGCAAACAAAGUUCAUUAAAAAAGGGGGUGCAGCAACAUCAGCAGCUGAGAAGUAGUAACAAAAGAAAAACGUCUGUAUGGUAGCCGCAAACAAAGAGCGAGAGUAAACGAGUUUAGGGAAGUGCAAAAAGAGCGUGGGUAUAUGUGAGAAUGCAAAUGAAACCGCUAAUUGCACAAACACCAGCAAUUUUGAAUAGCAAUAACAACACGACAGAAGACACCCUACAAACGACACACGGUACAAAAACAAUAGCAAAGCAAACAUCAAGGGGCUAAUUACAUUGAGUUGUUUGUGUUGUUGGGUACCUAUUGGAGAGGGGGUAAACAAAAGUCAUACUUUUGGAACUACUACGCGCGAAUGGAAGAGAACUUUGGUCAAUUAAAUUGAAUGAUUAAAGAGCGUAUGUUUAAUAAUAUCAACAACAAAUUAAACAGGGGCGUCACAUAGUGGCAGAGUAUAGCCUGCCGGCAGCGCUGUCAGGCGAAUAGCAGUUCCUCAUUGAAUGGGAAGCAAGCGAGCGACAAGCGAGAGCUGAGGCAGCGAUGCCAGUGACGGCUACGUUGCUGAUGUGAGUCUAUUGGCUAUACGACGGCAUUGAGUAUGCCAACAGAAGAGUUCGUUCCAACAAGACGGGAGCAAAGCAGCUGAAGAAUUUCAGUAAGAUUUGUGUAAAGACAAAAAACAUAAUGUUUGUAAUUUAAAAAUUGUACAAUUUAAAUAAAAUCAAGUGCUAAUAUUAUGAAAUUAAACGUAUGACGAUGAAGUGAAUUUUAGUGUAAAAGAAAAAAUAAAAUUUACAAUGAAAUUGAGACGUGCGAACGUGCUAUGGAUGAUGUAUGGUCUUGGGAAUGAGCGGGGCAGUGAGGUGAAAAUGAAGUAAGAAAGCAGCGUUGGCGCAAGUAAAUCGAACCAAACAUGUGAGCCAAUACAUAAGUAUUUAACUAAUAGCUGAAGAAGAAGCAGAAAAAGCAAAAGUGUAGAUAAAGUAAUGCAAGAAAAAACAGCAGUGCUAAGAAGCAAAGCAUUAUUACGUUCAAGAGCAGCUAUAAGUGUAUUACCGAUGUAUAGAGAUUUGUGGAGCUGUGAAUAUAUGUAAAUUGAUUGAGCGUAAAAAAUUGACAAUAUAUCUCACAUAAUAAAAUUGCAUAAAAAUAUUUUGAAAUAUUAAAUAUUUGGUGUAAAGUAUUUAAAAGUGUGUUAACACGAUGCUCGUUUUGCGAUGAAGUAAGACAACGCACUCUUCUCGGUAAGCAGAACUGGCGACGUGUACGAGGGGGCGUUGGGCGUAAACAGCUGUGAACACAAUUUUUAUGUUAAAAAAUCGGACAAUUUGUGCAGUUUGUCUAUAACAAAGGUGAUAAACGAAUAUCAAUUAUUGAAGUUGACUACUCAAUAUGUGUGUUUUGAACAAAUCCGUGGUGACUAAUUAAGAAAAAAAUAACAAGAAAUUACAAUACAUUGCUAACGUGCGAUUGCUAUAUAAACAUACAAAAUAUCACAAGCAUUUAUGUACAUAUGUAUGCACAUACGUCGAAUAGAAAAUAAAAUUAGCUAUAUGUACAUGUAAAUAUUUCGUACAUAAUAAAAAAAUAUAACUACAAUUUAAGAUUGUAGAGUGGCAUUGGUUUUCCGCACUAAUACCAAUUAAUAACAUGACUACCGCCGAUUGUAUGGAGUCACUGCUGAGCUCUAUGUCCAGUACUUUUGAUGCUGAAUGCGCUACGAGCACCGCUGAAGGUGGUUCGCUGCUCAAUCACGAUUUGGCCGAAGACAAAACGCUGAAAUGGCGCACUAUGGUGAAUAAUCGAUUCGCAUGCAAAGAUAAGGACAGAAAAGCACAAACACAUAAGCAGCAGCAGCAGCAGGCGUCAACGACGUCGGCCAACAGCACUCAACAGGAGUGCAAACAAAGCCAAAACGGCAGUACCAAUAGUAGCAACAACAAUAACAACACCAAGCAUAUAAAACUCGAGCAACUAGCCAAGGGCAGUGGUGACAACAAGUUGGAGAAGCUGGACAAAACAGAAAAUAAAGUAAAAUUGACGGCACAGGAUCAAGAAGAUCGUGCAUCUACAACCGAUUUUAUGGAAGAACAAAUGAAAGCUUUGUUGGCCGAUGAUGAGGAUGUGCCACAAGCAACUGAGAGCCAAACAAGUGGCGCUGCGCUAACAGAGCACAUACAAUGUGUAUCGGCUGUGAGUAAAGAGGAAGCAAUCGCUAUAGAAGAUAAAGUAUCUUUGCAUGAAAGUGAAACUUCAAUUGCUGCAGGCGCUGGCGUUGAUGGUGCGCACAGGAAAAGACGCAGCAACACCAGCACUAGCAAUAGCAACUGCAGUAACUACAAUAGCAGCAGUAAUGCCAGCAUUGGCACACUCGCACAAGGUCAAUCCGAUGACAGCUUUCAUGAUGGCGUUAUUGACACAAAACGUACAUGCCAACAAGUUGUGCCGUACACAACCGAUGUGCAGCUUGAUGGUGUUAUGACAGCACAGUCAGCAAAUGAUAAUUUGGAAGCAUCAUUAGUGGCAGCUACCAUUAGCGCGGAUGCUGCAGACUUAGUUAUGGUCGAAUUGGAUUUAAUAAAGCAAGAUAUCGACGAUAUAGAUGAGGAUUUGCUUAUAACGUCAUCUAGAGGUGACUCAUGCGAAAUGCCAAUUGUUGAUACUAUAACAACAACAGCAAUUACACCAACUUCAAAUAUGCUGCUAACGACUACAGUACAACUGCCGAAAGAGGAAGUCACCAGCACAACACCCAGCAACAUGAAUAGUGGCACACUACUCAGCUUAGAGCAGGCAGUAGCCGCGGAGCAUGAGAGUGCGAAAACAGCCGAUAGCGAUGUGGUCAACAGCGAUGCUACUGAUAAAAAUGCUACAAAUGCGCGUGCCGCCAGUGUUAGUCCACUACGUCGUUUACGCCGCACGCGUCGAUUGUCCGAGGUUACUAAUACGCCUGAUUCUCUACCUGCUGAGACGACAAAGGCGGUGACCAAAGUGGAAAAUCCGGAAAUUGCAGCAAACGUUGACGAAGCGCAGCCAACAACAAAGCUAGAGCCGGUUCAAAACUUUAAUCUUCCUACCACAACAACUGACGCUGCUGGUACGCCACCAGCUACAACUACUAUAGCAGCUGGCGCGCUUGAAACAGCGGCAGCUGCAGCACAAACCCAACAGCUGCAGCCGGUGAAGCGUGGUCGUGGACGUGGCAGAAAAAUUACUGUGACGAUGGAGGGUUUUGAGCAAAGUGUUGACUUGCCGGGUAGGGAGGAGGAUAAACAGCAAUUGGGUGCAUCGACGGACACUACUACAUUAGCAACGACAAGCGUCGCGCCGCAAGAACGCAAAACAGUUGGGCGCAAGCGCAAACAACCGGAUGACAUGGAAGGUACAACGCUAAUGACGUUGCCAGCCGUUAAAAUAGAGCAGGACGAUACUACUGUAAGUGCUAAGGACGUUUCAGUGAGUCCUGGCACCGGCGUCGCAGCAAAUAGCGGGGAUGGCGGUAAGCGCAUGCGCCGCAGCGUGCGGCUGGGUAAUCGCAACGAUAGCAGCGCGACGCCUAGCGGCAAUAGCAAACAGUUGGAUGGUCCACCGCUUGAAGAAAUCAAAAUCGAACCAACGACUUGUGUGGCAAAUCCACAACUGACACUAGUUGAUCCGCUAAGCUUGACGGAAGCACCAGGAAGUGUUGGAAAGUCGCCCAUACCUGCGGUGGAAGAGCGCACGCCACCAAAAAAACGCGGACGCAAGUCAAAACUACAUCACCUGCAGCAACAACAACUGCAGCAGCAACAACAGUUAGAAAAAUCACAAUCUGGCGCAAGUGGCGCGAAUAGCGAGUGUAGCGAUCACACGCCGCCCGGCUCAGCAACAAAACGCAGUAGUCACAACGCGGAUGUUGUCAUACCGAAGCGAUCACAGCGACGUAUUAAGCCCACGACAAAAAUACUUGAGAACAGCCAGCUGCGCUAUGAAUUCGAAACGAAUAAUAUAGUGCGUUUGACGCAAGCGCAGAACUGGGAGGACAGCGGUGGUAGUGGCGGUCAAAACGUCGAGUCAAACGCUGCGCUAGAAACGGACAAAGCGCAUACGGCUAACAAGCAAGUGAAGACGGAGAAGCCUGAACGCGCAGAUACCGUUGAAGAAAAGGCUACCACGCAUGGUUCCAACUCUGUCAAGAAAAAAAUGUGCGGUAAAUUAUUGCGCGACAUUGAAGCAUCGCGCGCCGCAUUGCUGGCCGAAGAGCAAGCGCAGCUCGCGCGUCCACGUGUAGACGUAGAUAAGUUCUUGUGCGAAAUCAAAGCGGCGAAAUGGCAUACAAAUCGCUUGUUAGAGGAGCGCAAACUCACCAAGAAGCAGCAGCGCAAGCUGGCAAAACAAAAGGAAAAUAAUUUGCGCAAGCUCGGACUGCGCCGUAAUACCAGCGAAGAGGCCAGCGAUAUAGAGAGCCUAAGCGACAAUGAGGAGUUCGUGCCGACUACGCGCGUACAGGUGGAGCGACGCAGCCAUACCCUGCGACAACGCUCCACCAUUAAGGAGAGCACACCAACACCAACACCCGCGCCUGUGCCGUCAAUACCAGUGCGCGCUGCCACCGCUUCGCCGACAAGCGCAAAAGCGGGUCGUAAGCCGCAAGCGCGCCAACGUAACGCCGUUGAGAAGCCAGCAACAGCAGCGACCACUAAGCAAACUGCAAACAUAAGCGUGUGCAAAAAGAAAUUACUGAAAGCGCCCUCACUUGAAGUCAUCGAAAUAAAUGAAUCAUCACAAGAGCUACAAUCGCCUAGCAGCCGCUCAGUGGGCUUGGCAGCUGCCACAGUCAGCGCGUUAAACGCAAUUGGCACUGUGGUAACCAUACCGUCACCAACGCCACCUGCUAGAACUGCGCAGCAACGCAAUUUAAUUUGCUACUGCGAGAAGAAAACACAAUUCUACACACGCAACACGCCCGAUACGGCCUACUGUUGGGCCAUUGACAAUAUCGAGGAACAGAAAGUGGGCUGCAGCAAUCAAUUGAGCGGUGAAGUGUUCAAUCUGCUGCGCCCCAGUCAGCGCGUUAGCUAUAUGGUGCUGUGCGAAGACCACAAGAAGCGGCUGCGUACGCACAAUUGCUGCGCCGGUUGUGGCAUAUUUUGUACGCAGGGUAAAUUUGUGCUUUGUAAGCGUCAACACUUUUUCCACGCCGAUUGUGCCGAGAAAUUCAUACUGAGCAGCCCUAUAGAUGCGCAACAAACGGCCAGUAACUACACUAGUCCCACAUUAGUGCUGAAGUGUCCGCACUGCGGCAUCGACACACCAGAACGUACCUCCAUCGUCACGAUGAAAUGCCAAACAUUGCCUGUAUUCUUGCCUAGUCAAAGAGCGCCAAAGAUCAAAGCUGCGAAAUUACCGUUGCCUAUUUUGAGCGGCACACCGCAACCAAAUGGCCAUUCCAAUGCUGUGACAGUAAACAGCACUGCAUGCGUAAACGCUGGCGUCGGCGCGUCACCGUCUCUUGCUGCUGUUGGCAGUGCCGCCAGCAACACUGUGCCGCUACGUACGUUGCGUACACAUCAAAUCAAUUUCGAGCAACUGAUACCCGAAUCCGUUAUGAAUGUGGUGCUGCGCGGUCGUGCGCCAAGCAACCGCGAUGCGCGUCGUGGCGCCAGCAGCACACGCAGCUCUAUGUCGGAAUUCUCCACGCGCGACAUGUACUAUGCGGUGAAGAAUGAUGAUCUCGAGCGCGUCGCUGAAAUACUCGCCUCUGAUUUUGAUGUGAAAACGCGCAUGCGCGAAUUUCUCAAUGGCACCUGCUUGCAUUUGGUGGCGCUUUCCGGCACAUUGCCGAUGGCUUUUCUGUUACUUUGCAAGGGUUAUGCCAAGGAGUUUAUAAAUAUGUUGGACCGUGAGCUGCGCACCGCGUCGAUGUGUGCGGUAUUGGGUGACAAGUGUGAUAUACUGAAUUUGUUCAUACAAUGCGGCGCCGAUUUGGCAAUAAAGGGUCUUGAUGGCAAAACCUGUUUGCACAUUGCCGCCAAACUGGGUAAUCUGGAAGCGGCGCAAUUAAUAAUCGAUAGUUAUCGUUCAUGUCGCAGCAUAUUGAACUUUAUGGACUUCAUAAAUACACAAGAUGAUGGUGGCUGGACCGCUAUGGUGUGGGCAGCUGAGUUGGGACAUACGGAAAUUGUGAGUUUGCUACUCAAUCACGGUGCCGAUCCGAAUAUUUGCGACAAUGACAAUAAUACUGUGCUACAUUGGGCCACACUACAUAGUAAUGGCUUGGAGACGAUCACAAUGCUGCUACAAGCCGGCACCGAUUGCAAUGUACAAAAUGUGGAGGGCGAUACGCCGCUUCACAUCGCCUGCCGUCACUCCAUCACCCGCCUUUGCAUUGCGCUCAUCGCUAACGGCGCCGAUUUGAUGGUCAAGAAUAAAGCCGACGAAUUACCCUAUGAUUGUAUACCACACGAAGACUCGGAAUGUGCACGUACUGUUGGUUUCAACAUGCAAAUGCGUUCAUUCCGUCCCUUGGGUCUGCGCAGUCGCAUUAUCUGCGAUGAUAUAUCGAAUGGGCGAGAGGCGCGUCCGAUACAAGUGGUGCGUAAUGAGCAGAAAUUGUGCUGCAGUGCGAAUGCCGCUGAGCAGAAUGGCGGCAGUGAGCUACUGUUGUCGGCGGGCGCUUCAACGACCGCUAUAGCGCAUGACGAGUCCGAUGAGAUUAUGUUGCCCGAUCUGAAGUAUAUCAAAAAGUCGAUAAUUUUGCAAAAUUGUACGCCAAUCGAUUAUCGGGUGGCGCAAAUGCGCAUCUGCUCGUGUAUGGAUGGCUGCAUUUCCUCACAGUGCCAAUGCGGCGAGGCAUCUGGUCAAAAUUGGUAUACUGCUGAGGGCCGUUUGAGUGGCGAUUUCAAUUUCGAAGAUCCAGUGCCCAUAUUCGAAUGCAAUGAUGUGUGCGGUUGUAAUAAGCUCUCUUGUCGAAAUCGUGUUGUUCAAAAUGGCAUACGCAUACCACUACAAGUGUUCGAAUGCAAUGAUACCACCAAAGGUUGGGGUGUACGCACCCUCGUGCAAGUGGCGAAAGGCUCCUUUGUGUCCGAGUAUAUCGGCGAAAUACUCAGCAAUACGGAAGCCGAUCGUCGCACAGACGACAGUUAUUGUUUCGACUUGGAAAAUGGUCAUUGCAUCGAUGCAAAUUACUUUGGCAAUGUCAGUCGUUUCUAUAAUCACUCGUGUGAACCGAAUAUUGUGUCGGUACGCGUGUUUUUCGAACAUCAGGACUACCGUUUUCCGAAAAUUGCAUUUUUCGCUUGUCGCGACAUACAAGCGGGUGAAGAGUUGUGUUUCGAUUAUGGUGACACAUUUUGGCUUUUCAAAAAUCGCCAUCUGUCGUGCAAGUGUCUAACGGCGGCUUGUCGUUAUGCGUCGGCAAAACCCGAUGGCGCUGAUGCUGCGCCGACAACGAAUACUACUUCGGUUUCACUCGGCGCUCUACAGCAGGCGUCUGAGGUAGCAAGCAAUAGUAGUUUAAGAAAUGGUCAUGCUGCCUAAACCUUAGUUUUAAGUUGUAAUUUUAGUUUAAACCUAAGUUAUUGUAUUAAUGAAAGAAAAUAUAAGCACUAUAUAUUAUUCAUAUAAACUAAUUUUUUAAAUAUAAUUGUUAAUUAAUUUUUUUUUAAUUUUAAUUUUUUGUUUAAAUAUUUUAUAAAAUAUAUUUUUAUAAUUAAAUUUUUUUUUUUGAAAAAAUAAAUAUCAAUCAUUUAUUUAACUAAUUUUUUCAUAUUAAUUUUCUUUUUUAAUUAUAUUUUUUAUUUUUUAUUUAUUUUUAAUGUUUAAUUUUUUUUUAUUUAUUAUAAAUUUUAAAUUUUUUUUCUUGAAUUAUAUUUCAACUUUAUUUUUUAAUUAAAACAAAAUUUUUUUAAACAGUUUUUUCAAACAUAUUUUAACUGAAAAUUUUUUAAAUUUUUACUUUUUUUUGGUUUUAUUCUUUUUAUAUUUUUCUAUUUGUUUUUUGAAUUAUUUUCUUAAAUUAUUUUUGAAUUAAAAAUUAUUAUUUAUUAUGUUUUUGAUUUAAUUUUUUUUGUUUUAAUUUCUUUUUAUAAAUUUCUUAUAAAUGAAUAGAGCAUAUAUUUUAAAAAAAAUUUUUUUAAUAUUAAAAUUUUUUUUUUAAAUAAGUUUAUAAAAUUUUUUUUAUAAUUUAAAAAAUUUUUUGUUUUAAUUUAAUAAAUUUUUUUUAUAAUUUUAAAUUUUUUUUUUUUAAUUUAAUAAAUUUUUUUUAUAAUUUUUAAAAUUUUUUUUAUAAUUUUUAAAUUUUUUUUUUUAAAUUUAAUAAACUUUUUUUAUAAUUUUUAAAAUUUUUUUUUUUUAAAUUUAACCUUUUUUUAAAUUUAACUUUUUUUAUAGUUAACCUUUUUUUAAAUUUAAGUGUUUUAAUUGUUUUUCAUAUUUACUAUUACUUGAGGUGUGAGUUUAAAGCUAGUAUUUUGUUUUUGCUUGUAAAUUAAUUUAAAAUGUAUAGGUUCUAGUAUAAGAAAUAAAUUACAUUGAGUCAGUAAAUUUUUUUGUUAUUGAAACAUUUUUUUGUUAUACAAUCACUGUAGACAAUUUUUUUCCUAAUUAUAUUUUAUAUAGUACAGUACUGCCACUAUGUAUAUUUUUUUAUUUCCAUGCUAUACUAUUUAUUAUUUUCUACCAAAUAAUUAUAGUUAUUAAUGAAGAAUAUUAAAAAAAAUUUGUUUCGAAAAUGUAUGUAGUAAAUAUUUCAAAUACCAAUACAUACAUACAUAUAUAAACAUAAUCAUUAGCAAGUAAUUAAAGAUAAAAGCACUCAAAUUUUAUCACUUUCGAACACGAUUUCCUAAUUCACAACACUUUUCGGAUUUAAAGUUAUGCAAAUGUUUGCCAAAAGUGCCUUGAUAAACUUGAAAAUGCGUAGCCGUAAAUAAACUUACUUUGGACUGAAAGUGCGGCGAGAGUGAAGCGAAAUAUUGAAGAAAUUGCAAAAGAUAUGUGGCAAGCGGGUUUCUAUAAAAAAAA